UGUUGCAUUUCCAGUGAAUUUACAUACGACUAUUACGCGAUACGACGAGACAUGAUGAAAGAGAAACGUUGAAGAAAUGGCGCGACAUGGGGAGAAAAAACAUCCAAAACUGCCCCGAAAUGCGCAUCCUCCCCCUCCAAUCCACGCCUGGAGAACUAUUUAGAGAUUGUACCACCACAUCGGGGCAAAAUCUGGUGGAUUUGAUUGUCGAAAUAAAGGAAAUCGAGAGAUAAACGACGCCAUUUGGAAAGGACACGACACGUUUUACGUUUGGAGAUUUCAUUGUCUGGUGGCAGAAUUCCUGAGCCUCGUGAUAGCCGAGUUGAAGACCUCAACGAUUUGGCGAUGAAAACGCAGCCGAAACCCUCCAAAACUGUUUCAAAUAAAAGGUAUGACAUCGCAUGAAACUUCCCAGUUUGGUUCCCAGAUCAGCGCAUUCUACUCAAUCAAGAAGUGUCACCCCCAAAACGCCAAUAACCUGAACAACAAUAAUGUAGUCAUCACCAAUCCAAUCACAGGGCAGACGACCAGCAAUCUGUGUACCGUUCUCCUCAACCCAACCCUCAUUCCUAGUGGAGUCACCUACUCGCUAGUCAACAACAAGAACCACACCACUGGUCGGUCGCAGAACGUCAUCAGAGCCUCUACCAUCAAGCUGCUGGACACCUACCAGAAGUGCGGCAUGAAACGUAAAAGUGAUGAGCAGUUGGACAAUCGCCACGAGCAGAAACAAACCAGACAACAGCAUCUAAGUACAAGCAAGAACAACAACAAUGUGAAGAAAACAACAUCCAAGAGUACAUCGGGCGGGGAGGGGGAUUAUCAACUAGUCCAACAUGAGGUGCUGUGCUCCUUGACGAAUCGCUAUGAAGUCUUAGAGUUUCUGGGCAGGGGAACAUUUGGACAAGUUGUCAAGUGUUGGAAGCGCGGCACUAAUGAGAUAGUGGCCAUCAAGAUCCUCAAGAACCACCCAUCGUAUGCAAGGCAAGGCCAGAUCGAGGUCAGCAUUUUAUCUCGAUUGAGUGCUGAGAGUGCUGAUGAGUUUAACUUUGUCCGUGCGUACGAAUGCUUUCAGCAUAAGAAUCACACGUGUCUGGUGUUUGAACUGUUGGAGCAGAACCUGUACGACUUCUUGAAGCAGAGCAAGUUUCGACCGUUGCCUUUGAAGCACAUUCGACCGGUACUUCAGCAAGUCUUGGUGGCUCUGUUGAAGCUCAAGACGCUUGGCCUUAUCCAUGCUGACUUGAAACCAGAGAAUAUUAUGUUGUUGGAUCCAGCGCGGCAGCCGUAUAGAGUCAAAGUGAUUGACUUUGGUUCAGCGAGUCAUGUCUCUAAGGCUGUGUGUUCAACCUAUCUCCAAAGUCGCUAUUACAGAGCACCUGAGAUCAUCCUUGGCUUACCGUUCUGUGAGGCGAUUGACAUGUGGUCAUUGGGCUGUGUGGUAGCUGAGCUGUUCCUUGGCUGGCCACUCUACCCAGGAGCCUCAGAAUAUGACCAGAUACGCUAUAUCUCCCAGACACAAGGCACGCCAGCCGAGAAUCUCCUGAGUGCUGCUACCAAAACCUCCAGAUUCUUCAAGAGGGACCAGGACACCAACUUUCCUCUCUGGAGAUUGAAGAAAACCAACGAGCAUGAGAACGAGACAGGAAUCAAAGCUAAAGAAGCCAGGAAGUACAUCUUCAACUGCUUGGAUGACAUCGCUGGAGUCAAUUUCCCCACGGACCUGGAAGGAACAGAGAUGCUGGCCGAGAAAGCGGACAGGAGAGAGUUUGUGGAUUUAUUGAAGAAGAUGUUGACGAUUGACCCAGACAAGAGAGUGACACCCUUGGAGGCCAUCAACCAUGCAUUUGUGACAUUGGCGCACCUGGCCGAGUACGGUCAUUGUAGAAAUGUGAAGUCAAGUGUACGAAGCAUGGAGGUAUGUAAGCGGCCGGGACAGAUCUACGACGCGAACUCUGCAGCUAUCCCAGCAAGCUUUGCAGGUGUGAUGCCGGUCACGUCAACCACGGGAAACCUGAAUAUUGCCUUCAACAAUCAACUAAAUGCAGCACUACAGAAUCAGGGUACCUCACAGACAAUCACCACCUCUGUACGACCCCAGGGUAAUGAGUUUCCAUUCCUUCAGUACCAUCUUCAGUCUGGUCCCUAUAUUCCCUAUCAGCCUCCGCAGAUAGCUCAGCGAGUCUCACAGAACGUGCAGCAGCAACCAGCGGGGAGUCAGUAUCCCAGACCGGACCCAUUCCAACAGUCGCUGCAGAUGUACCCCCUGAGAGUUGAAAACAGUGUUCCCAUAGUAACACAAGCACCGCAACACCAGUCACUCACAAUACAACAUCAAGUCUUUACACAGAACUCUGGACUGAAUGGUCAUCCCAAUGGCUCAGUGGUGGCCCACGUAGGGCAAGCACACCAAGCCGGCGCACCGACCCACUCCUUACAACCCAUCGCUUUACCUCUGUCCAUGGGUAACGCUGGGCAACAAGGCUGGCCUGGACCAGCGGGAGUGGGCCAGAAUCAGACGGUGCUCCUCAGGAAUGGUCCAGUCCAGUCUUGGCCUCCUAAUGGUCAGAUGUUCCUGUCACCAUGGCAACAAGGGGCAGCAGCUGUGGCACAGCAGCCUGUCAUUCCGGAGACACAACCUCUUGCAGAAACUUGGAGACGGCAGUAUGUGCCCACUGCAACGAUGUCAUGGCGACCAUCUGACGACCCUGCAUUCAUCUCUGCGGAGCAAAGCCCAGCUAUGUUUCAUAUGGAUGUGGAAGGAAUUUAUGAUCAUGUAGUUGAGCGCUCACAAUAUGGAAGUCACUACCAUCCCAUCAUGCCUCUGACUCCCCAGCAUGCAUUGCAACAGCCUCAGUCUUGGAGUUCCAAUCUACCCCAAGCAGCAGCACGCAGCUCCCAUACCAGACUAGCAAGGAAGCAGGGCGGACAGAAGACACAUACAGCGGCGUUCAGCAGCAGUUUAUCACCACAGAAAUCCAAACGUGUCCGAGGUAGCUCCCCGCCUUCAACUAUCACCCAGCCCCCGCCCCCCACCCAACCAGCUGCCUCGACCCAGCCAACGACAAGAUACAACCGCAGUACUAAACAAGAGUCUAGUACCCAGAGGCUGACCGGUGCAAAUGCAGAGGAUUCCUAUUCAACCAAGCGGGAGCCCAUUGUGAUAGCAGACUCACCGAGUCCCAACCCAAGCGUGAUCACAAUCAGCAGUGAUAGUGAGGAAGAAACGGAGAAACCAGCCAAGGGAUGUGAGGAUAAGAUGUGCAAGGCAUGCAACGAUAACACCAUCACACACUCUUGCUCCUUGAGUAGCUCCAACAGCAUCCUUACACCGUCACCACGGCAACAGCAUCCCUACUCCUCCUCGUCUUCUUCCUGUGACUCGUCGCUGGGCGUGUCGCCUCUCAAGAUUGACCUAGAGAAGCUGCAGAGACAGAACGUGGUGAGUUGCGUCACCAUCCGAGACACACCCGACGGUAGUCCACCAGUGGCAAGUAAUGGUAAUGUGGAGAGCAGCUACAGCAUCAAGACCUCGUAUCGUGGAGAAGCUGCCGACGGCAUGGGAAGUAGUCGAGGUCACGAGCCAAGGAAGUCUCGUCGUAGAGACUCCCAAGUCAUCGUAAGUAGACCACAAAGUGGCCAUUUAAGUUUUCAGGAAAGAGUCAAAGAAGAAGUCCAUAGCGACACGCAGGAGGAGAUCCUGCAUCCACUGAGGAAGUCUCAAGGUCGAGAUCUGGUCUUGGCGUUGAAGAAAGAGAGACCCGCCCAUCACUGCUCGGACUCGGCAAUAGCAUUUGUCAAUCUCCCACCCCUUGAAGUCGACUCCGCCCCCAAACCACAACCCCAAAAGAGUUCCAGUAAGGAUACCACAGUGACCACGCUACCAGCGUUACAACCAAACCCAACACAUCACCGACAGCGCCCAAGUACCUUGACCAUAUCAUCGCAACAGCAGUCGUCAAGAAGCCAACGGUCAACCAGGGCUGACCCAGUGACCUCACAAGUUCAGAGGUCACAGCAUGAUAGACCUGAUCGCCACCGUGGUGUACCAGUCUAUACAUCCCCCACUGUAACACUACCCCCGUAUUAUCAGCAGCACAGUAGUCCUAUCCAUAAACCCAAGACCAGUCAGUCGCAUACUGUGGUACCUGGUCAAUCUAACGGCCAGUACAUCUAUUCCUAUGGAUCCACACCUGGCAUUAACUCUCCCUUAACUACCACCCUACCCCCUCAAGGUGCUCAUAUUCAUUACAAAUCUUCUCUACCGACUCACCUGCCUCCCCCAGCUGUGUUGCAUUCACCUUCAGCCUCUACCGCCUACCAUCCUGGUAUGGCCCCGCCCCCAGCCCAUUACCACCCACAGUACAACAGGCCGGUCUACCUACGAUCACCAUCAGGUAACAUCUACAGUACCUUCCCGCUAAGCCCUACCAAGACCCACCCCCCUUACCAGUACUUGUACCAAGGCUUUACAGGCGAUUGACUUGUUGCCUUGCGAGACAAAUUCGCUCAACUCCACAUGUGAACAAAAAAGUGACCUUCAACACUGGGGGCGCUGUUUAAAUGAAAAUGAACGCUCACUAUGAUUGCCGAGCAAGGACAUAACGGGUGAUACGCAAGCUAUGCAUUUGUAGCUGUAGUCUUGGUUAUUGGUUUAUGCCAAGGUACUCCUGGCCAUCCGUGAAACCACCAAUCAAUCAAUUAUGACUCGAUGGGGAACAGGUGCAUUUACUGUACAGUAGAGGGAAAUACCAGGAGAACAGGUUGUUGGAAUACCAGGGUAUAUGACUUCAAUGUUUUUAUACCACAACCAUAUAUCCCACGUAUGAUUAGAUGAAGUGCACAACAUCCGAUCAUGACAUUGACAAAAACAAACCGGAUCGAUCCACCAUGAAAUUCAAGAGGCAUCCAAAUUGUUCAAAAGCAGUUACCUGCAAAUUUUUCCUUUUCGUCAUAUUUUCAGUUGAGGGAGUUUGCCUCGCAGUUUUCCCAUACGUGUGGUUUGGGAAAAUGCAUGUGUGUUGGAUUUUUUAAACUCUGUGUGCAUGUGUUUCAAAAGUUUGAAUUGAUUCUUAAUAAUAUCAAGCAUUGAUCGGCGUGAAGUAAAGAACUGCAGUUCCAUGACCUUUGACCCGUCUUUGACCCGGCUGUGAGCUUUUGCUGCAGGGUUUUAGAUGAUGGAUGAGUCAUGAUUGGGUUCGUGUGGCUUUGGUUUAGAAUGUAUUUGAUUGGGGAAUUCCCAUGUUGGAAUAACCACUUUUAAUGUUUUAAGAAUGGUAUGCUUCACAAUAAGGAAUGUAUCUAGUGUUUUAAUCUUAGCUUUUGAUCCUAAUGUAUGGAUAUGUAUCGGAGAUGUUGUCAUAAUGUCUUUUUUAGUUUAGUGUCUGAGCUUUUGUAGACUCAAUGUAAGUGUUGCCGAAACACAAUAUUAAUUACAUUAGCAUUGAAGACUUUGUUUCCCUUUUAAAUAUUCCUAUUUAAACAGUAUAUAAAUAUAUUGACUUUGAAGUUAUAGUUUUAACUUGAGCACAUUUUAAUGGAGCGCAAUGUGACGUUGCAUGUAGCUAGGUAGCCUAUCAUUGUAUGCAUAGCACAAGAGUUUCAGUUUUCUAUCGUGGGCAUGUAGGUUGCAGGAAUAUUUUAGCUUGACUUAGAUGAAAUUUUGGGUGUGUUGCUUUGAGAUUUAGUGGUUUGAUAUGCCAAAUCCUGAACAGCAUUACAAUACUUAAGUCCUAUGUACUCUGUCUUAGUCGACCUAUUUAAUGUCGGAUACCCGUAAUCCAUUUGUAACUAAAUAUUGAAGGCCUGGAUUGUGAAAUGCAUGUGGAUUUUUUGUAAAGUAAUAACCGAUCCACUACAGCUGUGUAUAAAUGGACUUGUAGAGAAAUCCUUUGGAGCGUUGUACAGAUAAUGUGCACUGGCGUUGUGGGACCAGUAGUGAUUUCAACGUCCCCUUGUAAAAUAUUCAGAAGAUUUGUAGAAAAAAAUUGAGCAUUAACUUUGUAAUACACUGCUAACGUUGAAGCACAAACUAGCUGAGAUUGGGUCAAGUGAAAUAAUAAUAAUAAUAAUGUGAUAAAAAACUAGAUCAUUGUACAUUUUGUAGAUGAAAACAAAGAAGACUAUUUUUAUGGCUACGGAAUUGAUUGUAUGCUUGCAAUGCCAGUGACAUGGUGAGGUGUAUCUGUUGCUUGAUUGUUCAUUGCGCUGUUAUUAUUGUGAAAUGACUGUUCUACAAUGUACAAAAUUUCCAGUUGUAUCGUGUGCUGAAUUGAAUGGUAUUAUUGCUUAUUAUCGGUUUGUUCUCUAAUGAAUUGGUGCAAGUAAUUGGUUUAGAUUAGUUGAAGAUGCAGUUGUUGUUUUUUCUCCAUGUGCCAUGAAUGCAAGUCUUAUUGUAUCAAAGAUCUUCCAUUCACUACUCACUAAGUAUCAGUGAAGUACAAACACCAAACAGUUGACCGAAAGAUUUCAUAUUAUGUAAACAACGCAAGCUUCUUCAAGCCGAAGGCAAAUUCUGAAACAUUGUGGAUUUCUUAACACGGUCAUUUGACUUGAAAUA